GAAAAAUAAAAUGAACGACACAAGGCGAACGAAGCGAGCAAGCGAACGAAGCGAACGAGCGCGAGGGUCUGACUGUGGGAUUGAAGCGAAUGGUAGAUUAGUAACAUUUUGUGCGCUGCAUGAUAUAGGCGAGCUAUACCGGAGAGAGCGUAGUCUGUGCGGACGGCGAAGGCCCUCGACACAACAACACAACACACUGCACACAGCAUUUUUACGAGCGCUCGUCGAGUCGAGAGUUUUUUGGUAUACGGAGAUACACGCAGAGUUUUCGGGGGUUUUGUAUCUCGCGACGCGAGGUUUUGUGGCCAAUAGUUGAAUGAAAAGUGUAUCCUGGGAGUCCGGUGUCCAGCGGGACCAGAUCCUGAAGAGGUUUCCCGCGAUGUGUUGAGAGAUGUUCAGUGAAAUUCGGCGGGUAUCGCAGUGAAAUUGGACGGUGAAGACUAGAGGAAAACUAGAGCAAGAGUGAAGAUACAAGACGAAUAUUCGUAGUUCAAUAGAGUGUAGAAACCUGAGCGCGGGAGAUAUCCGGAACAACGACGACGAGGCAGAUCUACGGUGUUUUCAACAACCAUGGUCGCGGCAGUACUUUGAACACCGAGAGUCCUGUGCACAACACACACCUAUCGAAUGAACAGAAACUCGCAAUGAUGGGUCUUCAAACGGCAGCAAACAGCAGUGCUGGAAGCACCAGCACCAGCAACAACAAGCGCAAGUUCGAGGAGGAAGAAAAGGAUGCGUCGUCCACGAUGAGCGUGGAGACGACGACCGAUGAUGGUCCGAGCGCGUGUAAGAGUCCCAAGUAUGAGCCAGAAGUAGAAGCAGCAGUAUCAACAACUGAAGAAGUAUCCGAGACCACUUCCACCGGCACGGUAACCACCAUCAGCACUAGUAGUACUAGCAACAGUAGUAUAUGUACCAGUAUAACGACGACGGCGACGCCAACGGCCGUAGUAUCUCCGCUGAUGGCGGGAACACCCACGACGAUCCCGGCCAAUGUCCCGUUGAUUCUGCCGCCGGCGCCUCCCCCGGCCGAGGACAGCAUAGCGAAGCUGGAGGCCGUCGCAGUUCCCGGGGAAACCAGCUGGAACUGCGACUCGUCGGCGAACGUGGAUCCCAUCAGCAAGCUCCAAGCGGUGGCUGUCCCCGGAGAAACGUGGGGUUCCGACUCGACCCGGUCGACGCUUGCGACGACGUUGCUGACGCACGCCGACGACCUGGACGAUGACGACGAUGAUUUUGAGGAUGAUUUCGACGAUGAUGAGACGAUCCUGCCGAGCUACUCGCCCAUUCGGUACCCGUGUGCACCCAACCAGAACCGGUACAUUCCAGCGUACCCGAAGCCGGGCUACUUCCCUGAACCGUACCAAAACUGCUCCCGAACGGGCAACAACAACGGAGCCCAGCAGUACGCGAACCGCGGCUACGGCUGGAGUCAGCACGGGUAUUAUUCGCCACCGUACGAAGCACCUCCACCAUCGCAGCAGACAAUCCGAUGCGCGGAGAACGGCAAGUCGUACUUUGAGCUGGGCAGCGCCAACUACAGCAAUCCCGUCAACCAGCAUUUCCCCGGUCCCGGACGGCACCUGAAGCGGUGCUGCGACGGACGCAACAUGUCGUGCAAUAACAAGCAGUGCUACAAGGAACGUCGCCUAAAGAUGAUGAACAUGUCCAUGUUCAAGCUGGCACGGUUCCGGCAAGCGUCCGACCAAUCCCUGUACCGAUCGGUGCUCAUCUGCAACACGCUCAAGUCGAUCGAGCGCGAAAUCGACACGGAGAACAAGGAGUUUAGCCAUCAGCAGCAUCUGCAACAGCAGGCACAGCAACACCAUUACCAUGCACCUCCCCCGCCCCACCAUCUGCACCAGCACCAGCAUCAGCAGCAGCAGCCAUCGCAAACACCCCCGCCGCCUCCUCCCCAAAGCGAGUACGGCACUGGUGGACCGCAUUACAACGGAAACAAUCGGCUAGCUGACAAGCAGCAACCCCAGCAGCAGCAGCAGCAGCAGCAUCCUAAGUUUAGUGAUAUUAGCAAUAGUGGCAGCAGUAACUAUAGUAGACUACAAGGCAGCAAUACAACGACACAGUCGUCCAAUACCUACGGCACUAGUACGAACGAAGCGCCGCAAUCCGCGACGGCAACGACGACAAUUACCACGCAGCUAUCAUCCUACGACCAGCAGCAUCAGCAACCUGCGUCGCAAGCCGCAUCCACCCCAAGCCCGCUUCACCAUCAUCCGCUGAAAGAUCCCCAGUCGGGGCGGGCCACUCCGUUCCCGGCGCCGACGUCCACCUCCACCGGAUACCACCACGACAGCGAUUCCGGCUUCGGCGAUGACGACUGCACGCGUCCCAUCAACUGGGGCUCGGUGCUGAGCUUGUCCUCGCAGUCGGCGCUCGACCCGCUCAACGGUCCCGAUCUGUUUGUGACCUCGCCAAGCGUGGCCGUCAGUGUCAGCGUCAACGAUGCCGUGGUGACGGCAAGUAACGAUAACGAUUGUGAUAGCACCGGUAGCGGCAAGGACGCCAGCACAGGCAGCAGCAGUUUAGCGUUAAGUCAAUCGACAGCGUCCGGAGCGUCCUGCGACGGCAGCAGUAGCAUUAGUGAUAGCAGUAGCGAAAACAAUCUCCUUCACCACCACACGGUGGCCAGUUCCUCCAGUAGCAGCAGCACUACAACCCUCACCUCGCUGACCACCCUCACAACCAGCAGUAGCUGUGAUCUGAACCUCACCACCCUAACCACCUCUCCCUCCCCGCUACUCUCCUCGUGUGCGUCCGCCCUCCAGUACCACCACCAUACGUCGUCAACCAACGGUUCCAGCACCGGUUCCAGCUGGGACCUGGCCUAUCUCGAUAUGGACCUCGGCACCACGCACGAACUGUACGACAUGUUCCCAAACUGCUACAAGAUUACCUCGUUCAACUCGGACGUGGACAUGCUGGGACUGAAGGCACCGAUGCUGGAACCGAGCAAAGUGGUUGGCUGUGAUAAUGAUAUGGACUCGUUCACGACCCACAUCAUGGUUGGGAGUUAGUAUUAAACUGCAGCAGCGGCGGCGACACUUCCCCCCUGCCAGGAGGAAGGACACCAGCGGCAGCACUAGUAGUUGGUAGGCGCGCGCACUCUCGCUCAAACCUGAUCCCAUCAUCUCCAAAAGCACACAUGUCUGCGCGAGAAUCGACCCCGAAACGUUCUUCCCUUGGUUUCAAGUCCGAUGCCGAGCGACACCCAUCUUUUCAGACAAGAACUAAAAACAAUUCAACGCCGUUGAAAUCUCGCAUUUUCAGCAUUUUCAGUUGUACGAACUGCUUAAAACGUGACAACUCAACGGAUCGACAAACGAUUCUCGCCCAUUGUGUGGCAGCUAGCUCAAUCAGCUCUGGAGGAACUUGCAUGGUGAAAAGCACAACACACACAAACCAGCGUACAAAAUGACAGAAAUCUACAAACGCUACAAAACGCAUAAGGAAGGGAUGAAACUGCUUCUGUCACUAUUGGUUCCUUAUUAGGAUUAAAGCAACAACAAAAAACAACAAAAUGAAAUGAACAAUUAAGUAAAAAACAAACUAGGUUUACAAACAAACACGUGGUAGUUGUAUUCAACGUGACGUAGCAGCGAACAAACGAACCGAAUCAAGGAAUUGUACAACAGUUUGCUUUAGAAAAGAUGCAAAAAAAAAUGCAAUUAUCCAAACCUAAUCGGUUCAGGUGCAGGAAGAACGCCAUUCUGUUGAUGCCCAACAAUCCAAAAAGCAAAAGCAUCUUUUAGAAAUGAUUUCAGCUAGCUAGCUGAAAUCAUUUCCUGAAGGCGUUUAUACCGGAAUCCCAACGUGGAACUGACCACGAGUGCCAUAAAAGCUAGCCCAAUUCUUCCUGAACCGGCACGAAUGCCGAGCUUCCUGCACCAGCCCUCUUACCGAGAGUAUCGAUGAAAAGUCGAAUCCGCGCACCACUGGCUUCCACUCGUCGUCUGUGCUAGUCUUAAUCCAUUCAGUUCUGAUCGUCCUUAUUUCAAUCUUAAGUUAGCGUUUAUUAUUAUCAACACACAUAUACACAUCUCAAUGCCGGUAGCUACAAAUCUUCGAGUGCAUUCCAAGAAGUUUUUGUUUCUCAGUGUUAAUUGUAACUUAAUAUGCAAUGAUUUCAGUGGAAGCCCACUGGUACACGCGUUCGACACGUGCCCAUCGAUUCUCACACUAGGAAGCGUGAACCGAAAUGGGGAAAGAAAAAAAGAGUCAAUUCAAAUCCAACAUUCUGCCGCAGUCAAAUCUGUUUUUUUUAAGUUUCUCUAUCCCUGACACAAAAUAAAGCAGCUGCAAAUCUCUUUGUACAUAUUCCCUAAAAAAUCCUCUGUCCUGUGACAUGAAAGCAAAUCAAAAUUGGUUAUACGUGGUAGCAAUGGGCACUUAUUUAUUAGCAAACACACACCCUUCAAAACCGUGGAGGAGCCGUGUUUCUCAAACUUAAGCAAAAGCAAAACUGCGCCACUUGUGGAAGUCUCUUUGUCGUCGAAAACUAAACUGCAAUCGUGUAUCAUCUUAUAGACUAAAUUUUCGGGGAGGGACUAAUCUACUUGCAUUGGAGAAUUGAAAUCGGAAAAAGAGUGUAAGCAAACCGAAUCUAGUCCUUGUCAAUCUAUAAAUCAAAUUUUUAUAUUUUUUUAACACGUGCUAAUCAAACAUGAUAUUUUUUCAGUUUAUUUUUACUUUUUUUUGUUUGUUUUUGGUCAAUCCUUAACAAAGCGAUGCGAAUCAGCUGUUUGUAAAUAAAGACACGAAUGACAGAAGGAGGAAAAAUGAGGAUCACAAAUCAGAUAUACUACAAAAAUUUGGAUUUUAGCGACAGUAAAUGAAGCAAAAAAAAUACAGCAUUGAUGUUACUUGAAAGAAGAGAAAUAAAGCAAAACUGUACUAUAAGAGAUUAUAUAUACCUAACUAAUAUAUUAUAUUUGACAAAAGAAAUUAAUGAAAAUGAAAAAUAAAAAAACAAUUAAGGCAAGUAAAGAACACAAUUAGUAGCAGUCCCAAAUGCUCGGAAGAGGACAUAGCAAGGAAAAAAAGCAAACAACCGCAAAAGUAUGUAAUAUCAAAACUUGUACAUUUUACUUAAUUGGCAAUGACAAAAAAGUAAGCAAACGGAAGUGAAUCGAGUUCGUUUCCCGUAAAUGGUAAGCAAAUGAAAUUAAUCGUUUAGAGUUAUUAUAUUUGAGUAUAAGAAUAAUUUAUUAAAUUUAUUAUAUAUAUGUAAAUAUGAAGGAAGAAAACAGAAAACCUUAAUUAAAAGAAAAGAAAAUAAAACAAAAUUAAAAAAAUAAA